UCAAAAUUGUCAACAAACACUAACAAAAGAGACAAGCAGCAUCCAGCAGAGCAACACAAACAGUCAUUUUCCUUUAAUAAUUUCUCCCGCGCCGCUUCUGAUCAAAAGUUAAUUUUAAUUCAAAGUAAACGAUUGGCAAGGAGGCAAAAAUAAUGUCGAUGCCGGAGUCUGCAUCCUGUACUGCUGCUUAUUCUGUGCGAAACAUUCUUGAUUCAUCGAAGGUACCACUUCUGCUGAAAAACAGGGCAGACAAAUGGAACAUUACCAAGACAUGGACAUUAGAGGACUGGGGUCAAAACAUCGGCUUUUCUAAACUGCUGCCUUUCCGCUGCGGACAAAAUUUUCACACAGAGGAACCGCAAUGGGAGUCUUUGUGCGUUAAGAAAGAUUUGACAAUGAGGCAAUUUAUAGAUCACUGUCUGUCAAAUGACGUGAGUGCAGAAUGGCUCUAUUUUGAUUACAAACACCUCAACGAAUGGUUUCAAGACAAUGAAGAUUUUCUGAAAGAUAUUGAUUGGGGCAUUGUUGGGUUUCCUGAAAGAAAAAAGAGCGACUCGACUUUGUGGAUCGGAAGCAAAGGUGCACACACUCCUUGCCAUGUUGACACUUAUGGCUUCAACUUGAUUGCCCAAAUCUAUGGACAAAAACAGUGGUUCUUGUUUCCACCUGAGAGUGGAGAAAUCUUGAAAGCAACAAGAGUGCCCUACGAGGAGUCAAGCAUAUACAGUCAAAUUAACUUCUUUUCUCCAUCAGAAGUGGAAUCUCUCGAUGCGUAUGUUGUGACCCUAGAUCCAGGCGACGUUUUGCUUGUGCCCAACGGAUGGUGGCACUAUGUUGAGACUAUUUCCGAAGCUGCGAUAAGUCUCAACACUUGGGUACCACUGGCUAGUGAUGCACACAAGCAGCUUGAAGAGGCGCUCGUAAAACUUUUUGUGUCUUCCGUCUGCCGACUAAGCUCAAAUGCGUCAAAAAUUUUGAAUCCCAAUGAGAGCAAUCUUGAGGAUGAAAAUAUCCUCAAUUAUAUCCAGUGGGCGACGGAAGCGAGUAAAAAAUUGAGUCUCGACGAAAAGCCUCCUGCUGCAAAGAGAGCCUGCCUUGAUCUUAAUGAACUUCCUGAAGGUAUUUCAAGGUUGAAAAUAUUCCCUGCAGAUCAGUUUAGAAAAAUUUUGAGACUAAAGAGAAAAAAUAUUAGUAAAAGGUCAUCUACAAUCUUGCAAAAUGACACUGAUUUUGAACUGAGCAGAAGACUGAUAAAUGCUAUGUGUAGCCAACAGGUUCUAGCAACUAUUGCUAGUAAAAUUACAAACGAAUAAAAAAUAAUUAUCACUUAUUAUACAAUGCUUCUAUAUUU